AUGAGCGAGCAGAGCCACGUCAACAGCCUGUUCCUCAACGAGGAUGCAGCCAAGCGGCUCCACGCCGACAGCCGGGUGCAGCGGUUCCAGCAGGCUGUGCACAAGCGGGCGGCGCGGGCCAAGAAGCGGAUGCACAGCAUCACUGCUGAGAGUGCUAAAAGCUUCUUCAGGAGAAAUGCCUUCGUCCUCUUCACCAUUGCUGCGGUCCUACUAGGGAUUAUCCUGGCCUUCUCCCUCCGGCCCUACCAGCUGACCUAUCGCCAGAUCAAGUAUUUCUCCUUCCCUGGUGAGCUGCUGAUGCGUAUGCUCCAGAUGCUGGUUCUUCCUCUCAUUGUCUCUAGUUUGAUUACAGGAAUGGCCUCACUGGACAGCAGAGUCUCAGGGAAGAUGGGGAUGCGGGCUAUCAUCUACUACAUGGUGACCACAAUCAUAGCUGUCUUCAUUGGCAUCUUCAUGGUGAUCAUCAUACACCCAGGAAAAGGAUCUAAGGACAAACUUCACAGAGAAGGCAGAAUUGAGCAGGUGCAGACCACAGAUGCCUUCAUGGACUUGGUGAGGAAUAUGUUCCCACCCAACCUGGUAGAAGCCUGCUUUAAACAGUACAAGACUCAGUACAGCACCAGGGUCUUCACCAGAACCAUCCUCCACAGCAGCAAUGCCACAGCAGAUGUGGCAACCACUCAGAUCCCUGUGCCUGAGAAUUUCACCAGCAUCAUGGAGAAUGUCACUCAUGCCCUGGGAACCAUCUCCGAGGUGCUGACCUUUGAAGAAGUCAUUCCCAUCCCAGGCUCAGCCAACGGGGUGAACGCACUGGGGCUGGUAGUGUUCUCCAUGUGCUUCGGUUUGAUGAUCGGCAGCAUGAAGCAGAAGGGACGGGCCCUGCGGGAGUUCUUUAACUGUCUCAACGAAGCCAUCAUGAGGCUGGUGGCCAUUAUCAUCUGGUAUGCUCCAGUUGGGAUCAUGUUUUUAAUUGCGGGCAAAAUCCUGGAGAUGGAUGACCUAGCAGUGAUGGGAGGCCAGCUGGGGAUGUACACACUCACUGUGAUUGUUGGACUCCUCAUUCAUGCACUUUGCAUCCUGCCUCUGCUCUACUUCAUUGUCACUCACCGAAACCCCUGGGUGUUCAUUGCAGGGCUCUUGCAGGCUCUCAUCACAGCCCUGGGCACCUCCUCCAGCUCAGCGACUCUGCCCAUAACCUUCAGGUGCCUGGAAGAAAACAAUGGUGUGGACAGGCGCAUCACAAGGUUUGUGCUGCCUGUGGGAGCCACAAUUAACAUGGACGGCACUGCUCUGUACGAGGCCCUUGCAGCCAUCUUCAUUGCACAAGUCAACAACUAUGAACUUGACUUUGGGCAAAUCAUCACAAUAAGCAUCACUGCCACGGCAGCCAGCAUUGGAGCUGCAGGUAUUCCCCAGGCAGGACUGGUGACAAUGGUUAUAGUGCUGACAUCAGUGGGGCUGCCUACUGAAGACAUUACACUGAUCAUCGCUGUGGACUGGUUUCUGGACCGCCUUAGAACGACUACAAAUGUCCUGGGAGAUUCUUUGGGGGCUGGCAUUGUGGAGCAUCUCUCCCGGCAUGAGCUGGAUGCACAAGACUGCGAACUUGGUAAUUCUAGGAUACAGGAGAAAGAACAGCUCUCCCACCUGGUUUGCCCACAGAAUGACACCCACAGGCACUCCAGGAGGGAGACAGCACUGUGAAAUCGGGCAGCAGAGUGCAGAUUUAUGUAAAAAGCGAAACAGAAGUCCACAGUGGAGGACAGAGAAAGAUCCAUUGUGCAAGAUGCUCACUUUUCUAUCACCUCUGCCACACGCAGUCUUCCCUAAUCCUGUUGCUCUCUUAUUUCUCUCUGACUGGCA